UGUUUGGAGUUUGCAAGGAGCUGAAAUAAAAAGAACCAAAAAGAAACGGGGGCCAGGAGGCAGCUUCGAGUCGGAGCCACUUCCCAGAGCCUGUCUUUGAUGGGGGUUUGAUGGCUGACAGCCUACUGACGAGAGCUCCGACCCCUGCUGCCCUGCCUGCCCCCAGGGGCAGCUGGAGCAUCCCACCGGAUCCGACCUGCUUUGGAUGGAGAACGUGGAGUGGCGUCAGAGUUUCAAUGUUCUGAGUUGCUCUAAGAUGAAGGUAUGGAAGUUGGCAGCCAUUGCAUCGAUGCUCCUCAGUUCCAUGUUAUCCAUUUUAGUUUGUAGAGACAUGCUCAACGGGAGCCGGAAAUACAGCCCCUUGCCUUCCUCGCCGUCUUCCUCACGGACAUCCUUCUCCUUCUCUUCCUCCUCCUCACUGCUGGCAGCUCCACGGAGAUCCCCACGGGCCCUGCAACGCCACAGCUCGCUGCUGUCCCAGUACAGCAGCUUGCUGGAGAGCUACACGGAGGGGGAGAUCCGGCAGCUGAUCUCGGCGCUGGUGGAGCGCUACAGCCAGGCCAUGAACUCGGGGGGCCACGAGCUGCCCCUCUUCCCCAGGUCGGGCAGCCGCAGGAAGCGAGCCCGGGCCCGCCACAAACCCUGCGCCCUGAAGGAGCUGGAGGUGAGCGUCAGCGAGCUGGGGCUGGGCUACGAGUCGGACGAGACCGUCCUGUUCCGCUACUGCAGCGGCACCUGCGAGGCCGCCGUCCGCAGCUACGACCUCUCGCUCAAGAGCAUGAGGAGCAAGAAGAGGAUCAAGAAGGAGAAGGUCAGGGCUCGACCCUGCUGCCGGCCGCUGGCUUACGACGAUGACGUCUCCUUCCUGGACGCCUACAAUCGCUACUACACCGUCAACGAGCUCUCGGCCAAGGAGUGCGGCUGCGUGUGAAGGGAGCAGGUCCCCACCGUGGAGCGGGGUGGGAGAGGGGAUGCGCCCCCGUCCCAAAAUGCUGCUGGCCGCCAGGCGGAGGGACCAGGGGCUGCGGCGGGAGGAGAGGGACCGGCCCCAGACCUCUGGCUGGAUGAGGAGAGACUGAGGAGCUGCUGCGUCCCUCAGCGCCGCUGUCCCGCUCGCCGCACGGGACCAGAGACGUGGCCGUCGGUGCCGGUGGAUGCUGCGGUUGCUGGAGCGGUGACAGCGGCUCACAGCUGUUGUGUCCCCACCGGGGGUGGCCCAGGGGUCCCUGUCAGCCCCUGUUGGAGGGUGACAGCGAGCGUGUA